AGGAACAGGAGAGUGAUUUCCUUUUAGAGAGAUUAUACAUGGCGGUGGUUUCGCUGAGAAAUAUAGCUAACGCUGGCUAGUUGAUGUUAUACUUGGGGUAUUUUAUGUUGUUAUAUUACAUAUCGCUGCACAUUGCGCAUCGAUGUCGUGGGGCAUGCAGAUUGUGUUUUUUUCCUUUUACAUAGUGCCCCAAAUACCCCCCGACCAGAAUAUAUAUUUUUAACAUUAAAAAAAAAAAAAAAAAAAAAAAAAAAGCUAAAUAGUAAAGAAACCAUGGCGACCGAACUGGGCACUUCAGAUCCCACUUCGGUACCAAAUACCGUGACCGAACCCGGGGAAGAUGAGGAACACUGGCUUUAUGGGGACGAGAACUCCGAGAAACAAAACGAGGAGGAUUUGCCGGGGUUGGAAGAUUCCACUCAGGAGAGCUAUCUCAGUGGCACAGAGGGGAAAGACACCUGUGCUCAGGUAGCAAAAAGUGGUGAGGAUGAUGAUGAUGAUGAUGAUGACAGCGACAGUGACGACGAUGAUGUCAAGGUCACGAUAGGGAACAUUAAAACUGGAGCUCCCUCGUACAUGGCCCCACCGAUGAACCUGAGUCUGAAACCAGGGAGGGGUUACUUGGCUCCAGCAGCCAAGCUGCCACCCAAAGGAGUAGAUUUGGAGGUGUUGGGCAUGAACGGGCUGGAGGCAGAACCAGAGGUGGAGACGGACAUUUUUGAGGACAAACCAUGGCGGAAACCAGGUGCUGAUCUGUCUGAUUACUUCAACUAUGGCUUUAACGAGGAAACGUGGAAAGCAUACUGUGAGAAACAGCGCAGGCUGCAGCUGGGGCUUGAGCCCAAUGUUCCCCUCGCCUCAGAGAACAAGAUCACAGUUCAGCAGGGAAGGGUGGCCGUUUUGGAGAAGGAAAUGGAGGUGUCUGCCGCCAAACAGGACUUUAAGAUGGACUUCCCUCCCCCUCCCAUAGUGCUUCCCACCGCCAGUAGACUUAAAGCUGGGCCCCCCCCAAACAGGAAGUUGGGUGGGACAAUCGAUGUGAUUGGUGGACAGACAGGUGCUAUUCGCCGGGUGGAGGGACGCAGGAGAGAAAUGCUUGAACAGAAUCCCAUCCAGGUGCUGGGAGAUCACUCUGCUAAAUCCCAACCCUUUGUUCCGCCAGCCGGGCCCCCUCCCCCACCCAUUGGAGCUCCUCCCCCACACUUCAUGCACCCACCCCCACCUGUCUCACGAAUGCCCCCCCCUCUGCACCCCCCAGGUAUACCUCCACCUGCCCUUCCAGGGCUGUUCCCACCACCGAUGGCUCCGCCCCCUAGUCUGUUAAUGCCCCCAUUGGAUAGUAGGUGCCCACCUUCAGGCUACAGCAACAGACCUCCCCCUGCUUUUGGGUACAACACUGCAGACCCAAAUUACAUCAGUUAUCCCCCUGUCUCAUCGUCACACCCACCCUGGGGGACCUCACUAGAGAAGGGCGUAGCAGCUGGAAGUGGGGGCCACUGGGAAUAUGGGGGCCCUCGCCGAGACAGGGAACGGGACAGAGAGAUUGAGAGAGAGAGAGACCGCGAGAGGGAUCGUACUCCCACCACCAGCGAGUACAGCAAUGAUGAUGACCGGUAUCACUACUACAGUCACGAGCGGGAGUUUCACCAUGGGCGUGAACACAGUCGUGAGCGUAGUUGUGAGCGUAGCCGGGAAAAGGAAGAGCGACACAGAGAUCGACGGCACAGAGACAAGGAGGAGAGCAAACACAAGUCCUCCAAGCGCAGGCAACAUGAUGGCGAGGAGGGGGAGAGUCAUCGUAGACACAAACACAAGAAGAGCAAACGCAACAAGGAGGAGAAGGAGGAAGGGCUGGGGCAUGGGGAGGAGCCAGAGGGCAAGGACUAGCAACCACGUGGCACCACCCAACAACACUGCCUACAUUGCCACAAGCCACUACCUUCCCCUCCCCCACCCCACCAUUAAUGGGUGUGCUGUGUAAGGAUACACACUCACCCACAUACACACUCACCCACACACACUUGUGUGUAGACCUACAGAAUCCGACACGUACAUGCACAGGUAGCACAGUGUACAGGGCACUCGCAUUCAUAUACUUGAAAUGAAAUGUGACUGUGCAGUAGUAUAUUUAUUUGAGAAAAUCUUUGCAGUAUGUGGUAGAAACUUUCAUGCCUUCCCUGUUUAAAAAAGCUAUUUUUUUCUAAAACUGUUUUAAGCUUUUUAAGCUAAUUUUGUAAAAAAAAAAAAAAAAAAAAAAGGAAAGAAAACUGUCCUGUUUUCAUUUGUUCUGAUGUAGAUGGUGCUCAUCUAGUAUUCUUCCAACUGUAGUCUUUAUACUGAGCAGAGAGUUUAUCACCAGCAAAUCCAGAAACAUCAAACUUUCACUUUAAACUUCAGUGUAGUUUAUACUGAUGUUGUGCACAUUUUCAACUAAAUCCGUCAUUUGACACUGAACCUGAACAAACCUGUUGGUGACGAGAUACGUCUGAAGAUGGACCAACCACCUGUACGCAUCUUCCUUCAAAAAAUGACUAUCUGUGGUUUAACCACGUUUAUUUUUAACAGUUUAUCCAUAUUUUAGCAGUUUAACCAGAUUUAUUUUUGCAGUUUAAUUCAACCAUGUAUACCUUAGUGGAUUGACCACAUUAAGUUCAGCUGUGGAAUUACCAAGUCUCUGUUUUGUUUUCUUUAUAUAUCUUUCCAAUCUAAUAUAAUUUUGUUUCUGUUUACUUUUUAAUGGCAGAUGAAAUAACUGUGAAUGUCAUGUUGAAAGUGGGGGGAAAUGUAAAAAUAUAUGUGUACAAAAUA